ACAAUCAGUCGAUGUGCUGCAGGCGUUGACUAGUCAGGACUCGUCAUUUUUUGCAGCGGAGGCCACCUUCUUCACCCGACGUUAAUGUGGGAGGCUCAAUAUAUCCUCCAUCCAUCCAUCCAUCCAUCCAGACCGGAGCCUGGAUGGAUCGAGACUUUUUUUUUCAAAUUUGCACACAGUUCUGCUUUUCAUUCGGCAUGUAACCCGGGCUAUUGCUCAUUUUCAGCCCGGUUUAUGUGCGUUUUUCCCCUCCAUGGCGGACUAGUCAGCUCGGGGAUCCACCGCCCUGCAUAGACGGUCCUCCACACCGGAGGGAAUACACCCAAGUCGGGGCAUAAAACGUCGAAAAUGCUCGGUGUUUCAGACUCAGGAUCAGGCUCCUUUUGCUGUGAUGUGAACGCGGACGAGGCGCGUCAACCUGGCGGGGAUGAUGGUGAAACCAUGCGGCUGUGUGGCGCUCCGUAGCCUCCCCUGUCCCUCGCCUCCCACCUGAUCACCUCUCCACCUCCUUCCUUCUCCCUUCUCCGUCCCGUUCACCAUGACGACCCCUGUGGAGAUGCUGCCGGCCCAGCCCGACCAGGAGCUGAGCCCCGAGCGCCUGGAUGGCUGCGAGGACAUUGGCGGCGGCUACAAGGUGGUUCCCUCUGUCGUCUGCUCCAUGUGCUGUCUCUUCGGCAUCAUUUACUGCUUCUUCGGCUAUCGCUGCUUCAAAGCGGUGAUGUUCCUGACGGGCCUGAUGUUUGGCUCCGUCGUCAUCUUUAUGCUCUGCUACAAGGAGCGCGUUCUGGACACCCAGCUGAGCGUGGAGGCCUCGAUGGGUAUCGGCCUGGGCAUCGGCACGCUCUGCGGCCUGGUCACCAUGCUGGUUCGCAGUGUGGGCCUCUUUAUGGUGGGCCUGCUGCUGGGCCUGCUGGUGGCCGUGGCCACCCUGGUGGGCAUGGAGGAGCUUUCCGACAGCCCGCCCCGCUCCGUCUGGGUGCCCCUGGGCGUGCUGCUUGGCCUAGGCAUGCUGUUCGCCGUGCUCACCCUGCAGUGGCAGCGCCUCUUCACCACGCUGUCCACAGCCAUGUUCGGUGCUGCAGUCAUCACUGUGGCGCUGGACUACUUCAUGGAGCUCUUCGCCCUGGUGCUGUACAUGUACGAGCGAAUAAAAGCAGCACCCGGCAAGCCGGUGUGCUGGCUGACGUGGGUGGUGCUCGGGGUGUGGCCAGCCCUCACGCUGCUGGGCGUCAUGGUCCAGUGGAAGGUGACCGCUGAGGGAUACUCUCAUACCAAGGUGAUCAUCAGCCGGCAGCAGAGGAGGAUGCAGGUGAUGCGGAUUCGUCAGCGAGACGAUCGCUAUCGCAACAAGAAGAAGAAGAAGCAGCAGCACAGCUCCUCCUCUCACCAUAGCAACCAGGCCAAGCAACUUCACCCUGAGCCCGCCUACCGCCGCAAGCCCAACCCCAUCCGUCGCUACGACACAGACGUCCUCUCGCCGAGCUACAUCCAGAGUUUCCGAGACCGGCAGGUGCAGGUGCAGCCCGUUCCGAGCCGGCUGGUCGGCCGACCACACACCAUGGUGGAUAUUGGCUACGACCGCGGCUCCACGACGCCCCUCACCGGAGCUGCAGGACCUUCACUAAAUGUCUAAGCACUCCCCAGUCUCCCAGAGGCCUGAACACACCACUCAGGACACACCGGGGAGAUGCAUAACUCUGAUCACUACCCCACCCGGGUGUCCUCACGUCUGUGCUAGAACCAACCACCACUGGGUUUCAAUGCAAAGAUUCUGGGUUUAAACAUAAUCUGGGUUUAGCCACACCCCUCAGAGGAUGAAAAUAUAUUUAGGGCUGGAUUUACCCACAAUGCAAAACAUGUUUAACCCUUUUACUGAUUACAUUUUGAAUUGUAAAGCUGGAGCCGUCAGCGUGGUGCAGAGGUUUGGUUGACCUCUUUUCCCUGUCUGUCAGUAGAUUCACAUGCACAAAUGCAUGCAUGCACUCACAAAAAAAACACACACACACCGCAGCUACAAUCUUAAGGGUCGAUGUACCCGGCCCCACCUUUUUGUCACCGCCUCAAGUCAAACCAGAUCAGGGAUCUCAGUUUCAGUGCAAACCCGCCUCAGGUUCAAACACGGGCAUCAUGAAUAAUUGAAAUACACCUUCGCUCCUUAGCGCGCUGUUUCUACUGCUGUCACCGAUUUUCAACUGACGGUGCAGAAGCAACUAGUUCCUCAGCCUGUAGGCGUCUUAAAAGUCCAACAAAGAUCAUCUACAAAGUGACGUAAGGAUCCUUAAAUGCAAACCGGGACAUUUUAUUUGCUUUCUGUGGCAUCUGGACCACAAAAAAUGUCCUUUAAAAAGGGGAGAGACGUCUUUAAUGUAUAAAGGGGGAACCCUUCGUCACCCUUGGUGCUGGACGUUACACUUCUUCAAGCGUCAAACUGCUCUCCGAUGGCCGGGGGAAUCGAUUUAAACAGGUGCCUUGCCCCUCUGUGGACUGUACCAUUCAGCGACAAGAGGGGGGUUACUGGCAGACCUCCCAUCGAUGGCUUGUUUUUGCAUUAAAUGUGAUCACAGAGGAAUUAUUCAGGGGGGUAGCCAUGGAGCUAGCAGGGUAAAAAAUCUAGUUGGAGUCAAGUUGGCUUGUUGUCUUCACAGAUGCCUGGAUAUACGAAAAGUCACGUUUACACUGGCACCUCAUCUGAGAUAUCACAUGCAACGCAUACAAAAGGUUUUGAGCAUUUUGGAGUGGGAACCACAAUCCCUUAUACGCUGUUGAGCAGAAUAGCAGAAAGAUAUGUUUCUGCCAUUGUGUAAAUCUUUCACUCUUUAGCUCCAGUUGCAGAACAGCACAUUCUUCCUGUUUCAUGCGGCAAAGCAAUCAAAAUCUGAGCAGUUUUAAAACGUGCAAAAGAAGCGGGACUGCGCUAAAGAUCUUCUCUGGGAUGGUGAGAUUUGUGUAAACUAAAAUCAGAAUCAGAAUUAUAAGGAUAACUAUGUAUUGAUAUUAAAAAUGUGUCUCCAGGCUGAGAUGCCAGUGUAAAUAGAGCUCAGAGAGUCUGGAUUAAACAAGUGGACUAGUGGCCAUAACAACUUGUACUUAGACCAACAACUCUUUCCAUCGUGUGCAUUGAUUUUCUUUAUUUGGGAUAACAUAACAUCUCUGUCACCAGUGAAAAUGUGAAUACUUUGAUAGCGUCUUUACCUUGUGGGGGGAUGGGGGAAUGUUUGGUACGUUUUUAUUCAUCCGUGGGAAACAGAAAUGCAUGAUCUCUCCCCUCCGUCCCGACCCCAUCGGCCCUGCGUGGCUUCGUUUUGGCUCCCACCAAACGCCCUCCACCCUUUCAUGUGCAUCGAUGUGAAAUUUGUACAUAAAACACAGCACUUACUAACUUAUUUUUGUUAUUAUUACCAUUUAAUCCUGUUUCUUCUUUUCUUUGGAA